AUGGCAAAACAAAGAUUAACAGCACUCGACAUACGUGCCAUUGUUACAUUAUGUAAAAAGAAUAUCGUCGGAUGUAUUGUAACAAAUAUUUACAAUAUUUCUAAUAAGAUAUAUGUGAUAAAAUGUUCAAGGAAAGAACAAAAACUUUUUUUCCUGGUUGAAGCAGAAAAGAGAAUACAUAUAACGGAAUGGAAAAGAGAAAAGGAUGUGAUGCCUUCAUCAUUUACUAUGAAAUUAAGAAAACAUUUACGUUCACGUAAAAUUUCGAAUAUUAAACAAUUAGGAGCUGAUCGAGUUAUUGAUAUACAAUUUGGAUAUGAUGAAAAGGCAAGUCAUUUAAUUGUAGAAUUAUAUAUUGCAGGAAAUAUAAUAUUAACUGAUGAGAAUUAUAAGAUCCUGAGUAUUUUAAAGAGUAAUGAUACUGUUAUGGGCAAAAAAUAUAAUGUGAAUGAUAUAUAUAAUGUGGAAGAACACAUGUCUGUUUUAUUAUAUAAGAAUUUGAAAGGACCAGAUGAUAAGGAAUAUUUAAAAAAAUGUAUAAUGGAAAUAUUGUUAUAUUAUAAUAAUAUUAAUAUGGAUACAUUAAUUUUGAAAGAUGGUGAUGAAAUAUCUAAUAAUAUAAAUAACGUUUCUAAUGUUCACCCGAAUGGUAUAUUAAAUAAUGGAGAUAUUGAAGAAUAUAAUAAAUUGUGUUUGAAAAAUAGUGGUACUGUACCAAAGAAGAAUGGUAAUAAUAAUGAUAAUAAAAUGUUAGGCACAAAGGGGAAAGAGAAAUGUAAAAAUGAAAAUAAUAAAAAUAAUGAAAGUAAUAAAAAUAAUGAAAGUAAUAAAAAUAAUGAAAGUAAUAAAAGUAAUAAAAAUAAUAAAAGUAAUAAAAAUAAUAAAAGUAAUAAAAAUAAUAAAAGUAAAAACAAUAAUGAUAAGGUUGAAAAUGCUAAUUGCAGUGAUAAUGAAAAAAUGAAGAAGGUAAAAAAAUUAAAAACAUUAUGUGAUUUAGCUUCUAAAUUAAUAUUAUUCGCGCAUAACGAUUUAAUAAUACAUUCCUUUUUGGAGUGUGAGGUAAAUCCUUUAGAUUUAUUAGAAAACUAUGAUAUAAAUAGAUUAUGUGAAAUAUUUUGUCAUGUAAUAGAGGAGUGCUUAUCAAUAUUAAAUAAGUUAAGUGAUGAAACGUGUACGAUAAAGGGAUAUGGUUUUUAUAAUAUAGAAAAUGACACUAAUAAAAAGAUUAAUAAUAAUAAUAAUAAUAAUAAUAUGUGUAAUAUGAAUAAAAAGGAUCAAGAUAAUGAUAAAAAAGAAGAAUAUAAUUUCACGGAGUUCUCUCCAAUUAUUCUUAAGAAUCAUGAAAUGAAAUUAAAUGAGGGCAAAAUAAAAUAUAUAUCAUUUGAUGAUUAUAAUUUAUGUGUGGAUACAUAUUUCAGUAAAUUGGAAUUAUCAAAAUAUGAUAAGCAGCAAGAAAUAACUAAGAGUAAAAAUGCAAUAACAAAGGUAGAUAAGAUAAAAUUAGAUCAUGAAAGGAGAAUUGAACAAUUAGAAAAAGAAGUAUUAUUAUUAAAAAAGAAAAUAACUUUAAUACAAUUAAAUGAUGUAUUAAUCGAAGAAGGAAUUAAAUUAAUGCGUUCAGCACUUUCUACAAGUGCAAAUUGGGAAAAAAUAUGGGAGCAUAUAAAAAUAUUUAAGAAGCAAGAACAUCCAAUAGCAGUGCGUAUAAAAUCGGUGAAUUUUAAGAAUUGUGAAAUGGAUUAUUUAUUAAGUGACUGUGAUGAUAGGAAAGGUAAUAAAAUGGGUGAUGAUGGUGAUGAUAACGAUGAUGAUGAUGAUGGUGAUGAUGAUAACAAUAAUAACAAUAAAUCAUGUGUGAAACCUAAAACGUUUGCUGUUACCAUUAAUUUAAACAACUCCGUUUAUGGAAAUAUCGAAGAUUAUCAACGAUUAAGAAAAAAGGCAGAAGAAAAAAUUAGGAAGACAAAAAUGGCUACCGAUUUUGCUGUUAAAAAAGUUGAAAAGAAAAAGAAAAACAAAGAUAAUAAUAAACAAAAAGGAAAAGCCAAAUCAAGUGUUGGUCAAAUUCAAAAGUUAAGAAAAGUGUAUUGGUUUGAAAAAUUUCAUUGGUUUAUAUCUUCUGAAAAUUAUUUAGUGAUUGCUGGAAGAGAUGCUUUACAAAAUGAAAUAUUAUUUAGAAGAUAUUUUCAGAAGAAUGAUAUUUAUGUACAUGCAGAUAUACACGGUGCAGCAUCUUGUAUUAUUAAAAACCCUUAUAAGGAUACACCUAUUCCUGACAAGACUCUUUCUGAAGCUGGUCAGUUGGCUAUUUGUCGAAGUUCUGCUUGGAACAACAAAAUAAUUACCUCUGCCUGGUGGGUAUAUUACAAUCAGGUGAGUAAGUCGGCUCCUAGUGGUGAAUAUUUAAAAACGGGUUCUUUUGUAAUAAGAGGGAAGAAGAAUUAUUUGCCUCAUGUAAAAUUGGAAAUGGGCUUUUGUGUUCUUUUUCAAAUUGAAAAGAAUGAAGACUUGAAUGUGGAAAACCUUCCUUUGGAGGAGAAUACUAUAGAUAUUGAUGAUAUAAAAAGGGAGGAUGACAAAGGUGAUGACAUGGCACAUAAUAAUAUGAUAAAUGGGUUAGAUAAUAAUGUAUGUGAUAAUAUUCCUGCUAAUAAUGAUAAGAACCAUGUGGAUAAUAAGAAUAAUGUUCAUAAUUAUGUGAAUUAUUUAAACAACAUUUCAGUUCAUUAUACAAAUGAAGAGCAUGGUAUUGGAAUUACUGAAGAGAAAAUAAAAGAAAAUGAUUCUGUAAAAUAUUUGGUACCAAACAAAUUUAAUAACAUUUAUAUCUUGGAAAAAAAUAAUAUGUUGAAUGUUUCUGUUAUAAAAGGAACGAACGAGAAUGAAAAGAAUAAAAGCAGAGAUAUGUAUAUAAAAAUAUUGUAUAAUAUAUUAAGUGAUGAUAUAUUUAAGACAGAUUUUUUCCAUAAAUCUGUUUUGGCUUGGUAUAAUAUAAAAUCAAAGAGUUAUAUAUUAAAAAGAAAGAAAAAUGGAAAUGCAUUUAAUAAAUAUAUAUACUACUUAACAAGAAAUAAGAAAGAUAUAUAUAAUAUGAUUUGUAUUUUAUAUCCUUUAGUAAUAUAUAAUAUAUUAAGAAAAAUGAAUAAUCCUACUUAUAUUUAUAAAAGUAAAUAUGUUAGUAAUAUAUAUGUUAACAAAUUUUAUCAUACGUUUUGUAAAAUAAUAAAAUAUUUUUUCCACAUUUAUAAUAUAUUAAUUAGAAAAGGUGAUAGAUGUUUCAAAAGGGAAAGUUUUUUUUUUGAAAUAUAUAAAUAUAAGAAUUAUAUAAUAAAUGUAUUUUUUAAAGGAUUAAGGGGUAAAAGAAUAUUGGUUGAUAGUAUAUAUAAUUUUCUUAUUUUUCUGGAUAGCACAUUGUAUGAAAGAUGCAAAUCGUCGCAGGUUGUAAGUAAUAUAUUUUCUUUGUCAUGUUAUAAUAAAGAUGUAGAAAAGGAUAAUUGUGGAAAUGUAUAUAAAAAUAUGUAUAUGGAGAAGAGUAUAGAUUUUGUAAAUAAGAAGAUGUUAAAUUAUAUAAUAAAUUAUAAGGAGAAUUCUAAUAUCGAGAAUUACGAUUAUGAUAUUAAUUUUUCUAAGGAAAAGGCUUUGUUUGUUGCAUGCGAGGUUUAUGGUAGGCCCGUAACGUUUAAAGAGGACAGUGAUGAAGAAAUAGUUUGUUCGGAGAAAAAGAAUGGAAAUACAACAAAUGAGGAAGAUGUUAAUUCUUUAUGUAGUAGUAAUUAUAGUGAAAUUAGUGAUACUAAUAAAGGAAAUAAGAAACUGAAAAAGAAGAAUGUAACAUUUUUAUGUGAUGAUGAUGAGGAUAAGAGGGAUGUGUCGAGGGUUUCGAGACCAAGGGAACUUACGGGUUUUAUAAAAACGGAUGUUAAUAAAUUAUUGAAAGAGAUCGAGAGUGACGAGAACUCGAAUAUUGGGAAUAUAAAUAGUGAUAAUUCGAAUGAGGAGAAUAAAAAGGAGAAGUGUGUAUCAUUUAAAAUCGAAGCAAAUAAUGAUAAUGUGAAUUAUGAUAAUAGGUCAAAUGAUAAUGUAUCUAGACCAUUUCGAUCACGAAAAGGAACUGGUUAUGUGAAAAUGGAUAUGAAUAAGUUGUUAAAGGAAAUGGAAGAAGAUGAGACUAAGGAUGUGAAUGAUGAUGAAAAGAAGAAACAGGUAACUUUUAAAAGGAAGAAUAUAGAUAGUGACGUAGUAAAAAGGACUGUGUCUUUUUCAUCUGAGGAAGAGCAUAUAUGUAUUGAGCAACCUGCUUCAUUGUAUAUGCCAAGACCUGUAAGGACAAGAAAGGCCACAGGUUUUGUUAAAAUGGAUAUGAAGAAAUUGUUAGAUGAAAUAGGAGUUGAUGAUAUGUAUGAAGAAAAAAACGAAGACGUGGAUGUUGAACAAAAUGUAAAAAAUGGUGAAAACAGGUUUGGUGAUAAAGGAAAGAAGGUGACCUUUGAGAGUUACAAGAAUAAUGAUGUUAUAAAAAAGAGUGUAUCUUUUUCAUCGGAAGAGGAAUUUAUACCUGUAGAUGAACCCGUGUCUUUGAAAGUCACUAGACCGGUGAGAUCAAGGAAAGCUACUGGUUUUGUUAAAAUGGAUGUUAGUAAAUUAUUACAACAGAUAGAUUCUGAUGAACGUAAUGAGGAAAUGAAAAGUGAUGAUAAAAAGGAAAAAAAGGUAACCUUCAAAAAUAAGGAUAUAAGUAGCGAAUUAGAAAAGAAAAGUACAACAACGUAUACAUCUGAAGAUGAGUAUAAUAUUUCUUCCAAGAAUUCUGAAUCUUCUCCUAUGGUUCGACCUGUGAGGACAAGAAAACCAACCGGUUUUGUUAAAAUGGAUGUUAGUAAAUUAUUAAGAGAAGUAGAAUAUGAAGAAGAAGGCGAUGAUGGGUCCGGCGUGAGGUUGCAUAAUAAUAUUAGAAGUAACGAUGUAAUUAAGAAAACGGUUUCCUUUUCAUCAGAGGAGGAAUAUAUUCCUGUUUAUCAAUCGGAAGAAAGAGUGAAUAAUGCAAGACCUGUGAGGACGCGUAAGGCUACAGGUUUUGUUCAAGUGGAUAUGAGUAAAUUAUUAAAGGAGGUUGAGCAAGAAUUACAAGAAGAAGAAGAAGAAGAAGAAGGAAAUGAUAAUAAUGAUGAUGAUGAUGAUGAUGCUGUGGAAGGGAAAAAAAAAAAAAAGCGCAGAGAGCAGAUAGAAUAUGAUAUAAAGGGUGAAGAAGAAAAUAAGAAUAAUGAUGAUGAUAAUUUGAGAAAAGAUAAAAAGGUAACGUUUAAUGAUAAAGUAGGUGAGCUAAUGAACAAAAAGAGUGUUUCUUUUUCAUCGGAGGAAGAACAUAUUCCUGUUGAAGGACGUGUGUCGUUAAGUAGGGUGAGGCCCGUGAGAACACGAAAACCUACUGGUUUUGUAAAUGUUGAUGUUAGCAAAUUGCUUAGGGAUAUAGGAAGUAAGGAUUUUAAGGAUGAAGGUGAAGAUGAAAGUGAGGAAAAAAGUGAAAAUGAAAAUGUAGAUAAAAGUGAGGAAGAUGAUAAUGAUGAUGAUGAGGAGGAGGAGAAUACGAGUGAAGGAUAUUCAGGUGAAAAGAAAAAUACAAAUUAUGAUAAUCAUAAUGUUAAUGACAAAGAAGGAUUAAAUAAAUCAGGUGAUGAUAAUUCCUAUGUAGAGGACAUUUAUGGUAAUAAUAAAAAUAACAUGAAAAGAAAUAAAGAAAAUGAUACAUUAAAAAAAAAUGUGUCUUUUGAAUAUAAUGAAAAUGAAAAUAAAAAUGAAAAUAAAAAUGAAAAUAAAAAUGAAAAUAAAAAUGAAAAUAAAAAUGAAAAUAAAAAUGAAAAUAAAAAUGAAAAUAAAAAUGAAAAUAAAAAUGAAAAUAAAAAUGAAAAUAAAAAUGAAAAUAAAAAUGAAAAUGAAAAUGAAAAUAAAAAUAAAAAUAAGAAUAAUGUACAUUUAUUAAGAGGGGCAAGAACGAAGAAAAAGCGUAUGAAGAAAAAAUAUAAGGAGCAAGAGGAUGAUGAGGAAUCAAGGCUAUUGCAUAUGAAAAUAAUUGGCUCCAAAAUGAUGAAACAUGAAAUUGAAAUGCCAAAGAAGAAAGAGGAGGAAUUAAAACCGUUCGAAAUGCAAAAUAAGUAUAAAGGUCCAAAGGAAGUUAUAACAAAUUAUGAAAAAAUAAAUGAAGAUGAUAUGGAUAUAAAAUUAAAUGAAAUACAUAAGUUAACGAAUUCACCAAAUGAAGGAGAUAAUUUGUCUUUUGCUAUUCCUAUGUGUGCCCCAUAUUCAGCCAUACAAACUCAUAAAUAUAAGAUCAAACUUGUCCCAGGAAAUACGAAAAAAGGGAAGGUAGCAGAUUCUUGUAUUUCUUACUUUUUAAAGAAUGCUACAAAUGAAAAGGAGAAGGAAUUAAUUAAAAAUAUAUCGAUGGACGAAUUAGGAAAUUGUAUUAUAGCAAAUUGUACACCAGAUUUAAAGGAAUUAAAAGAAUUAUCUAAAAAUAAUUUUGUACAAAAGGGGAGAAAAAAGUAG